UUAAUAAUUAUUAUUUCCGUUGUCGCUGCCAUUCCAAACCCUCCUCAAGUAGAAGUAAUUGUGAAUGAAACUAUAAUAUCACCCGAAUUGCCAAUUAUCACACCUGUGGAAGUCAUUGUUGAAGAGCCAAUUGAGGUAAUUGUCCCUCCUCCUCCACCGUCUCUUAUUCCCGUCAUUCCUGAAGUGCCUGAAGUAUCAGUUUUAAUAAAAGACCUUCCGCCUGCUCCUAUUUUGCCUCCUUUGGUGCUUCCUAAAAUUCCUGUAUGGGUAGAAGAAUCUGUUGAGGUCGUUCCGCCUUGUGAAGAAAAGGAAAUCAUUAUUACCGAAGUCAAGCCUUUACCACCAGUUGUCAUUCCACAACCUCCAUCACUCCCGCCUCUUGUUUUACCACCAAAAAUUUCUGUGUCGGAAAUUGAAAUCAAAUCGCAGCAGCCCGUCGACACAGUAGUUGAAGUGCCACUUGUACCAAAAAAGGACAUAUCAAUGGAGUAUUCCAAAGUGAAAUUAACCAACGAAGAAUCAUUACAGGUAAUACCAUCUAGUGUCGCGGAAAUUGAUUUUAAGAUUAAUGAAAUUCCAAGUUCGAUCGAAUUCCCUGACUUCGACAAACUACUCUCCGUUGGUGAAGAUAAAACAGUGAUCAUGGUGCCGCCUAGUCCAGAAUUACCUGUAAUUGAAAUUCCAAAGCCAAUCAGCGAAGUGCUUCUAAUUGAAAAGGAUAAGGAACUUGUACUACCAACACAAAUUCCAACUGACUGCGCCCGUAAUAUUGUUUUGGAGCGUGUUUUGCCCAAUAUGAUUAGCAAGAAAACCGUAACUAAGAGCUUAGAAAUUAUAUCCUUUCCUGCAGCCAAAUACCCAGUUAUUGCACCUUUAUUCCCGGCUUUGUAAUUGAAUGUCAAAUAAAAUAUCUCA